ACUUCCUACAUUUUCUUGCGCAGUCUUGUGCGCAACUACUAAAGUAAUAGGCCAUGACGGUCACAAAAUUCCUGAUUUGUGUUUCAGCCUCGUUUUGGAUUCUACUAGAAGAUCAUGUAAUGUGAUGUGUCUACUCGUUAGGUCUGUGUGAAAUAUCAGCUGAUGUCUGUUGUUUUUGUCUUUACAAUCAGUGACACAGAAUAUCUCCCAACAUGACAGAUCUUAAAUAGUUACUAUGUUGACUACCAGUUUUAAAGUGGUUUACGCUCAGUUAAUUGAUUCUUAAUUGGGUGAACUUAAACCAAACAGAUUCUCAUUGGUUUAAACUACUUUGUUAAAAAAAGAUUAAAUGAUUUAAACUUUCUAUUCAAUAACAGUUAUGCAGAUGUUUUUAUCACCCAAUCAAAUGCUGAAGCCUUUGUCAUAGUGUGCAGACAGGACAAAGUUUUAAGUACUGAUAUUAAUUUACUAUAGUGGGUUACAAAAUACACUUAUAAAGCAACACUUUAAGUGAGUAGGUAGAAGGUCACGGUAUAAUAACAGUAUCAUCACCCAAAUAUUUGGUACUCUAUUCAAGUAACAUUCUUUUGAAAAGGAAUGUGACACUACCUAAGAGUUUCGAAAUAGAUAUCAAUCUGGAUAAUUUAUGUGUCUGACUUAAAUGAAAAUUAGAUGUUUGGGCACAAGUAGUGAAAAAGAAAAUAGAAGGAGUUACAAGUGAAUUGUUUGUAAAGGCUACAAGAGGCUAUUACUUUUUUUAUUAGUUGGCAGGAAACAAUAAACAACAUAAAUGUAUGACCGGCCAUGUCAAUAUCCAAAAAGGGCACUAAAGGAAAAGGAAAUGAUGCUGUAGCUUCAAGACUUGCAGAUUUUACUGGUGAAAAAGAAGUACCUAUUGCAGGACAUAGCAAAAUGUCUUCUCUGGAACAGGAAGAUGCUAAUUCAGGACCAGAAAGUGACCCUAGUGUAAAUGACCUUACAAAUUCUCUGGAAUCAUCAUCUUUGAUUUUUUCUGGAAAUAAGGAAAAGAAGAGCAGUGGAGCAUGUGCAAAUCCUGCUGCCAGCCAACAGGCCGGCAAUGUAGUAAAGUCUGUUGUCCUUCAGAUGCCUGGACAGCGACAACCUAAACAGAUUAGGAAUAGGAACCCACUUAAAGCAGAUCUUGAUGUGGGAAAAGUUUUCAAGAAAUGUAAAGAAGAUCAGUCAACUCGAUUAGAUCUGAGUAAAUCACAGAUUACUGUGAUACCACCAACUGUGAAAGAAUUAGUUCACUUAAAAGAAUUGUAUCUCUAUGGAAACAAGAUUGUUCAACUGCCAAUAGAGAUUGGUUGCCUGGUGAACCUGGAGACGUUUGCAUUGAAUGAAAACUCUUUGACAAAUCUACCCGAUACAAUGGAGGAUUUGAAGAAAUUGAGAUUGCUAGAUCUUAGGCAUAAUAGACUCACAGAGAUUCCAGAGGUGGUUUACCAGUUGAGAUCUCUGACAACACUGUUGAUUAGAUUUAACAGAAUAAAAACAGUUGGUGACGGUAUUAGGAAUCUAACUAAUUUAACAAUGUUCACAUUGCGAGAGAACAAGAUACGUGAAUUACCAAAGGGUAUAGGGUGUUUAGUGCACCUGAGUACAUUUGACGUCUCUCAUAAUCAUUUAGAGCAUUUACCUACAGGUAAACAUAUUUGAUAUAGAAAAUAACCUACAGGU